AUGGAGUCAAGGGCGAGCUCGAUCGGUGCGGCGAAGCGCGAGUCUGUUCCCACUGCUGGCAGUGUUUUCUUCGUCUCUUCCAACGGGCGCGUGCUCAAGUUGCCGAUUCCGAGUAAAUCGUACCGCGAUCCGCUGACGUGGUCGUGGUCCAAGAGGCUGAUGGGGUUUUUGGCGCUGCAGUGCUUCUCGAUGGCGGCGGCGUUUGAGCUGAAUCUUCCGGGGCUGUUGCUCCAGGCAAUUGGUGAGGAGUUUAAGAAUAAGCCGAUGGGUCCUUUUGGAGUUCAGUCUUUGUCAUCGGCGAUGACUCUCUUCACCGGACUAGGGUACUUGAUCGGCAUUCCGCUAUCGACGGCAGUUGGACGACGACCUAUUGUUGUUAGCGCUGCUGUGUUGACAACUCUGUCGACUCUCUGGGCUGGCUACGCUGGGUCAUUCUGCCAAUUGAUUGCCGCCCUCAGCUUACAAGGCCUCGCAGCUGGAUCAGCAACCGGGAUGUUCAUCCUCAUCCUCAUCGACGCAACAUUCAUUCACGAACGCCCAAACGCACUCUCGUUGUUCUGGUGUACAGGCUCAGCACUCAUCAAACUCGCUCUCUUAAUCCUCCCUUUCACAACCGAUACCGCAUUAACCUGGCGAUGUGUAUACAAAGUCUGGGUUGCACCUUGCGUCCUUGCAUUCCUUUUAGUCCUCUUCUGUGUACCUGAGACAUACUUCCUACGACCUCCCGUCGCACUAGAUGGUCGAGUCCUGGUUCAGAGCAGUUCUGAGAAGGUUGAGGUCUAUGGAGGUUGGGAUGAAAUUGAACUUAUCAGAAACGACAAGCCUCUCCCUGAUUUACCUUCUUCUUGGUCAAUAUGGUCGCACUUCAAGGUGUCGCAAGCCCCUGGGACCAAGUGGGAGUCUGUGCUUGCAACAUAUGGACAGAUGUUCCUAUGUAUCCUUAACCCUCUGACUUUUUGGGUCUCUCUACUUACCGGCAUCAUCCUUAGCGGUGUUAUCUUCCUCAACCUGACCCAGCCAUCUGCGCUUAUCCAUAUAUUCGGCGAUGACCAAAUAAAAUGCAUUAAUGCCUUGCUUGGUAUCGCGGGCAUUGCUGGGUCUCUACUCGCAUUCCCCCUCACAGGACCAUUCGCUUCCUGGUUUACGCGAUGCUACACCUUUCGCAAAGGCGGUAUCCGGCACGCCGAAGUCUACCUUGCUCUAUUUUCUAUCCCUGUUAUUACCGGCCUGACAAGCGUGCUCCUUAAUGGUCUAGCCCUUGUCAACAAGUGGCCUUCAGUCUGGAUCUACAUCACUUCUGCAAUUAGCAUUAUGAGCUAUCUCACCGGCAACGUCGCUUUUACUCUCUGGAUUACCGAGGCCUUUCCGCGAUGGGCAGCGGCAGCACUUGCAAUUCAAUUAUUUACUGGAAAUAUGUUCGGGUUCGGGAUCAGUACUGCCAUAGCACCUUGGACCCAGGAGGGUCAUAUUCUACAGCCAACCAUCCUCAUUUUCGUCUUGAUAAUUGUCAUGGGAGUUAUGGCGGUCCCGGCGGCGUUCUGGGGCAAGACUGUAAGACAGUAUAUCCAGGGACGCUGGAGUGACUCGGAGAGAACUGCGCUUCGCCCUCAGUAG